AUGGCGAAACGCACUCACCAGAAUGAAGAAAACCCACAGGUUAGAGCAAAGAAAAAAUCAAAGAGCAACGGGCAUUCCGACAAGAAAGAGCAUCCCAAGCGGGAUGUUCCCUCAAGUGAUGAUAUACCUCAAUCAGAGAUCGAUGAUUUUCUCGAGAAGAAUUCGAUCAAGAUAACAGAUACCACGCCCGAGAAGGAGUCGCCUCGUCCAAUUUUGUCAUUUUCUCAUCUUCCCCCUCAUGAUGGUGACCUCUACAGCCCUCUGAGUUCGUUUACCGCCCCAACAGCCAUUCAGUCAACCACCUGGCCAUUACUCUUCGCCGGCCGUGAUGUCAUUGGUAUUGCGGAAACUGGGAGUGGGAAAACUCUUGCUUUCGGCCUCCCGUGUCUAAAAAAGAUGCAAGACUUGGUCAACAAGUCGAAAUUCAAACCCGCUCGUCCUUUGGCCGUGAUCAUGUCUCCUACCCGAGAGUUGGCCCUGCAGAUAUACGAUCAGCUCUUGAAAUACACCAAAUCAACUGACAUCCGCUUGGCCUGUAUUUACGGUGGCGUGAACAAGGAUGAGCAGCGCCAGAACCUAAAACGGGCGGCUGUUGUUGUUGCGACACCCGGCAGACUGAAGGAUCUUCAAAAUGACGGAUCAGUGGACCUGGGGAAAGUCAAAUACCUUGUUCUGGACGAAGCCGAUCGUAUGCUUGACAAGGGGUUUGAACAGGAUAUCAAGGACAUUAUCCAGCCUAUGCCCACAUCCCGCCGUCAGACCGUCAUGUUCACGGCAACCUGGCCCCCUGUCGUGAGAGAUCUUGCAUCGACUUUCAUGAACACACCGGUGACCGUUACUAUCGGCGGGGAUCCGUCGGCCGAUCCACGCGCGAACACGCGCAUAAAACAAGUCGUGGAAGUGGUAAAACCAUUUGACAAGGAAUCUCGACUUGUUCAGUUACUGAACCCGUGUCAGCGCGGGCCGAAUCCGGACAAGGUUUUAGCAUUUUGCUUAUACAAGAAGGAGGCGGUGCGUAUUGAAAGGCUGCUUCGCGCAAAAGGAUUCCGAGUUGCGGGUAUCCAUGGUGAUAUGAACCAGCAAGAACGAUUCAGAAGCUUGGAUGCUUUCAAGACUGGAAAUGCUACGGUUCUUGUUGCGACUGAUGUGGCAGCUCGUGGUCUCGACAUACCCGCAGUUAAACUUGUCAUUAACGUGACAUUCCCACUAACUGUGGAGGAUUAUGUGCAUCGGAUUGGCCGAACUGGCCGUGCAGGAGCCGAGGGUCACGCUAUCACCCUAUUUACAGAAACGGAUAAAGCUCAAUCAGGAGCGUUGAUCAACGUUCUCAAGGCCGCAAACCAAGAGGUACCAGAAGAUCUUCUCAAAUUCGGUUCAACUGUCAAAAAGAAGCAACAUGGCGCAUAUGGCGCCUUCUUCAAGGAUGUCGACUCCAGCAAAACAGCCACAAAGAUCGUGUUUGAAGAGUGA